UUUUUCAUAACUUUUACAGGUGAUUGAAUUAUACAGAUAUGAAGAUCAUCUUCUAGGUUUUGUUUAAAAGGCCCCGGGUAUUUCAAGAGGCCAUUUUGGAAUUACAGUUUUGUUGUUUUUUUUUUUCCUUGGGGGGUGAAAUUUUGCCCCAGAAGUUUAUUAAAAUUGACAAGAAUCAUCUCUGAAGUGAAUUGAUAGUAGUGAACAAAUUCAACGAGCUACUAAAAGACCCAGUCAUUUCUUCAGUAUUUUGGUUCAAACGGAUUAUAUAAGUGGUUAAAGUAUUUCAUCUGGUGUUAUUUUUGUCUCUUCCCCCCUUUCCUGUUGGUGUUUUUCAGCCAAAACUGUAAGAUAUGUUUGUGUACUGAGUAGUUUGAAAUUACUGUUGAAUAUUGCUGAAGUUUCGUGGCAGUUCUUUUUACCUGUAUUGAAAGUUUUAGGAAUUUUUCACUUCAGCUCUUUUCAUAUUACCAUGGGACAGCUUUUCUAAAUGAAGACAUUGAAAGAAUACAGUUUUUUUCUUUUUAUCUUUUAUUUACUUGGGAAUGUAAGAUGCUCCAGUUUCACACCAGCAUGGUAGUAUUGAGAUAGCUCUUUGUGUCUCUGUACAUGCUGAUGUUUAGAAGUAGUCUUCAGAUGUGAAAUUUUCUUUUUGUUUCUGCUUUUUGCACAUAAAUUGGAUAUUUCAUCUGGAGUGGAUAAAUACAGUGACAAAUACAUGGAAUAGUAAAGAAGACCUUGCUCUUGAAUCCAAGGAACUUGGCUAAUUCUGGAUAUAGCCAUAUGAAAACUUCAAAACAAAUAUGGGUAGCUGACUUCAAAUAACUCUAUGUCAAAUAGUCAUAGGUUAAGUAUCUUCAAAGAACUUGGAUAUUUCAGAGGAUACAAAAUAAAAAAACAAACUGGAAAACAUAAAGCUUAUAGAGAAAAAGCCAACGCCUUCCUGUGCAGUCCUCUUGGAGUUUGGACUUGCCAUGAGGUGUUGAAGCCUUGUUUCGUUGAGUUGGAGAGACUGGACCUAAAUGGCGCAGCAUGACUUUGCUCCAGCCUGGCUUAAUUUUCCUACUCCGCCAUCAUCAACAAAGUCAUCAUUGAAUUUUGAGAAGCAUUCUGAAAAUUUUUCAUGGACAGAAAAUCGUUAUGAUGUGAGUCGUCGACGACACAACUCUUCCGAUGGCUUUGAUUCUGGUAUUGGACGUCCUAACGGAGGUAAUUUUGGGAGGAAAGAAAAAAAUGGAUGGCGUACGCAUGGCAGAAAUGGUACAGAAAACAUAAAUCACCGAGGGGGAUACCAUGGUGGAAACCCCCGUUCUCGUAGCAGUAUUUUCCACCCUGGAAAAAGCCAAGGACUGCAUGAGAGCAGCACCCCGGACAACGAGCCUGGGAGGAGAGAAGACAGACGAGAGCGCAGGCAGUUUGAGGCCGAGGACUUCCCAUCUUUAAAUCCUGAAUAUGAGAGAGAACCAAAUCAGAAUAAAUCUUUAGCUGCGGGUGUAUGGGGCCUACACGCCCAGACACACACAUACCCAACCAAAAAAAUCUCCCAAGCUCCUCUCUUAGAAUAUCCCCCGAAUCCUAAAUCUAGAGCUCCAAGAAUGCUGGUCAUUAAGAAAGGUAAUACAAAAGACUUACAGCUAUCUGGAUUCCCAGUGGCAGGAAACCUUCAGUCACAGCCAGUUAAGAAUGGAACUGGUCCAAGUGUUUAUAAAGGCUUAAUCCCCAAACCUGCUGUUCCACCAACAAAACCUACACAAUGGAAAAGCCAAACUAAAGAAAACAAAGUUGGAACUUCUUUUCCUCAUGAUUCUGCAUACGGUGUUGGCAACUUUAAUACCUUUAAGUCAACAGCCAAGAGUAUUAGUCCAUCAACAAAUUCAGUGAAAGAGUGUAAUCGUUCAAAUUCUUCCUCGCCUGUUGACAAACUUAAUCAGCAGCCUCGUUUAACUAAACUGACACGCAUGCGCAGUGACAAGAAGAGCGAAUUUUUGAAAGCAUUGAAAAGGGACAGAGUAGAAGAAGAACACGAAGAUGAAAGCCACGCUGGCUCUGAGAAGGACGACGACUCAUUUAAUUUGCAUAACAGCAAUAGUGCUCACCAAGAAAGAGAUAUAAACAGAAACUUUGAUGAAAAUGAAAUUCCACAGGAGAAUGGCAAUGCUUCGGUGAUUUCUCAACAGAUCAUUCGUUCGUCAACUUUUCCACAGACUGAUGUCCUUUCCAGUUCACUCGAGGCAGAGCACAGACUAUUAAAGGAGAUGGGCUGGCAGGAAGACAGCGAAAACGAUGAGACGUGCGCUCCCUUGACUGAGGACGAGAUGAGGGAGUUCCAGGUUAUUAGUGAACAGUUACAGAAGAAUGGGCUGAGGAAAAAUGGUAUUUUGAAAAAUGGCCUGAUCUGUGACUUGAAGUUUGGACCCUGGAAAAACAGCACUUUCAAACCCACCAUUGAGAAUGAGGACACAGAGACAAGUAGCAGUGACACAUCAGAUGACGACGAUGUGUGAAGGGUUUCCUAACCGCGUUAGAAACUUUAGUGUGACACAUCUCUCAUGCAGUUUGGGGUGAAAUGUAAAAAUGAAGAACUAUAAUUUAUGUAGUGAACUACCCCAUUAGAAGAUGAUUUUUUUGGGGGACUUCAAUAUGAAGAAAACCAAGAAUGUUGUGUUGGGCUGUGUUGAACAUUGUUUCUUUGUAAAUGAAUGUUGUAGAAAUGAGGACUUUGGUUGAUCCAACAUUGACUUUCUUCAUCACUGCAGCAUUUCUCUGACUAGCAAUGUGACGAUGUAACAAAUGAGAUUUUCUCAUUUAAUAAUAAAAAAUUGUGUAAUGUUU